GUUUCAGAACUGUUUUCAUAAGUCGUCGAAGUUUUCCCCUGCUUGUACGAUUGCUCUCAUGUCAUCAGCUAUGCCGCCAGUUCCAGUCAUUCCUCCCGCUUUAACUGGCAGCAAAGAAGGGACAUUUGCAUUUUUUACUGUUCGCGAUCGUUGGCCAAAGAUAUUAGGUAAAAUAGUUGACCAAGUGCAUCGAUAUCGAUAUGCUCAUAUUGCUGUUCAUGGCGAGGACGGCGAAAAAGAUAUUAAAUCGGUCCUCAGUCAGUUGUCUGAGUUAUCGUACUUUGUUGCCACCGACAAACCAUUGCAAGAUCUUAUUGAUCAUGGAGAAAAGGUCAAUAUUUGGAAUAAAGAGCUGAGAGAAUUGCGAAUGAAGAAAGGUGCGGAGCAAGUAACUUGGUAUCGUUGUGAUUGGUUGUUUGCUGAGUGUUUUUUAUAUAGACAAAUUGUGAGUUUUUUUUUGAAAACAACAACACUGAAAGAAUUCGAUCCAUUCGCAUCACAAAAACAAAGCUCUUUUAUUAGUUGCAUUGAUACGAUUAUCAUGCUUGCAAAACGCAUGGAAGAAGUGACAUCAGCAACAGCAAAUGUAGAUGAUGGCAUAAUUUGCCAUUUUUUUCAGUUGUGUCUAUGGGGGAAUACAUGUGAUUUGUCGCUAUCGUGUGGCGAACGCGUUAUCUCAUUGCCCCUUUUGGAUAUGGUUGACCAGUUGGCCGAUAAAGUCUUAUGUAAUCAGAUUGGUGAAGUUGUUCGCAUUUUAAAGAAUGGUGAAAUGGAUCGAAUAGAUAUAGUUCUUGAUAAUUCUGGUCUUGAACUUUUUACUGACUUAGCACUUGCAGAAUUAUUAAUUGGAAAGUACAGCGUAAAAAAGGUUAUUUUUCACGGAAAGAGUAUGCCAUGGUUUGUAUCGGACGUUACUGGUAGAGAUUUCAACUGGAUAAUCGAAAUGCUGAUUGCUAGUUCAGACAACUUGCUGAAGAAUUUUGGUGUAAAAUGCUCACAAAGAUUAUCUGACGGUGAAUUUUGCUUCCAAACUCAUUAUUUCUGGACCCUUCCAUAUCCAAAUUACUUAAUGCCUGAGAAGGCUUCAGAUCUUCAUCGUGAAUUGUCGCAGUCGUCAUUGAUCAUUUUCAAAGGCGAUUGUAAUUAUAGGAAGUUGGUCAGUGAUCUAGAAUGGCCGCUGGAUACUCCGUUCAAAAUAGCUUUACGAGGUUUUGCUCCGGCACCGAUUUUGGUACUUCGUACUAUAAAAGCAGAAACGUUGGCAGGACUAGAUUCAAAUGUGGUCGACAAUUUACAAAGAAAAUACGGUAACAGUAAGAUUUGGAUGACGACGGGAGAAUAUGCUGUCGCACAGUUCGUGAGAUGAUUCCUUCUUUUCUAUCUUAUCAUUUCAUAAUUCAGAAAUUCAACAGCUGCAAUAAGAGCCCUUUGGUAUUGGAUUCUGUCUGUAUUCUGUUGGAUUAAACUAGACUUAAUAGUAAUAGUAAAAGCUUACUGUUGAGAC